AUGAAGCAAUCGGAAAUUAUUGAAAAGGUUCGCAAUGCCUUGGACAAGCACGAGGCGCGGCUGAGCGAUAUCAAUCAGAAGAUCUGGUCCAAUCCAGAAGUAUCCUUUGAAGAACACAAUGCCCACGACAACAUCUGCGCCCUGUUCGACGCCCUCGUCGUGGAUGGGUAUACGGUCACACGCAGCGCCUACGGGAUCAGCACCGCAUUCGAAAUCAGCUACACUCACGGACAAGGAGGACGCGUGAUAGCUUUCAACGCGGAAUACGAUAGUCUCCCGGGUAUAGGCCACGCCUGCGGCCACAAUCUAAUCGCAACAAGCGCCAUUGCCUCCUUCCUCGCAACCACCGAGACAAUGCGCACCCUCUACCCGGACUCCAACUACACAGUCCGUCUCCUAGGAACCCCCGCCGAAGAAGGCGGCGGCGGGAAACUCCUCCUCAUCGACGCGGGCGCUUACAAGGACGUCGACGCCUGUUUCAUGGUCCACCCAUUCCCCGCGUUGACUGGUUCCCCUAACCUGCUCAGUGCGAGUUCCGACUCGGCGCAGUACCUGGCAAACAAUAAAGUCGAGGUGACCUUUACGGGGAAGCCGGCACAUGCAUCGGCGGCGCCGUGGGAAGGUGUUAACGCGUUGGAUGCGGUCGUGGCUGCUUAUGUGAAUAUUUCCAUGUUGAGGCAGCAAAUUCUUCCCACGCAGAAGAUUCAUGGAGUUGUGCUGAGGGGUGGUGAGAGACCGAAUAUUAUUCCUGCUUCCACGACGGUGGAGUAUUAUAUCCGGUCUGAGACGGUGAACACGUUGAAGCCCCUGACGGAAAAGGUCGUGAAGUGUUUUGAGGCGGCGGCCACGGCGACGGGGUGUACUGUUGAGUUUAAAUGGGAACCGGCAUACAUGGAUAUGCGGGAUAAUCGUCCUAUUUGCGAGAGUUAUAUGAUUGCCAUGAAUGCAAUGGGUCACAGUACUAUAUAUGAUGCUGCUGGUCAGGAAGGUGGUUUGAGUGGAGGAUCCACUGAUAUGGGCAAUGUCUCGUACGAGGUACCCGGGUUCCAUGGCAGCUUCUAUAUCCAUACCGAUGGAGUCAAUCAUACUCCGCAAUUUACGGCCGGUGCCGGAUCGGAAGAGAGUUUCAAGCGCAGUCUUUAUUGUGCGGCGGGUAUGGCCGUUGUGGGAUGUCGGAUGUUGGCUGAGGAUGAGUUCGCUGCGACUGUCAAGUCUGAUUUUGAUAGCAAGAAAUAA